ACAGAGGAUGUGAUAUUUAACCACAGUGUCCCAAAAUUAAUAUAUUUUGACGCAGAUGAGGAAUCAAAUCGCAAUUUAUUAAAUAAGGCCAGCAUGAUUUCUUCACACAUGGUGUAAUAAUGCAUUCCAUGCUCACUGUAAAGUUAUAACAUGAGUGUAUUGUUAUAUACUUUAGACACAUACACUCCCUGUUCACUGUCGGAAUAUUAAAUCUUUUAUUUUUCGCGGUGUACAUUUACUUCUUCUAUACGUUUAACCAUUUACUUUGAUCAUUGUUUUACAGCGAUAAUCUUAGAAAUGCAUUUUCACCCGACUAUAUUUCUGAUAGUUUUAGCUGCUUGUUGCACAGAGGCAGUCAAGUAUUCUGUUGGCAAAUGUGACAAUAACACUUCAACUACCGGGGUGGGAAAGGAUGCAUGCUCAACAUGCGUGUUUCAAAAGCAUGCGCCUGGACGUUACUGUCAAGGCUUGAAGAGAUGUAAGAUUCAAUUCGAUGUUGGAACUUACAGCUGGACGUUUGUCGACGACCAGACCUCGUCAUGUCAAUUGGAUUUCACGGGUAUUGUUUCGAUGGCUGUUAUGUCCGAUGACGGCAGCCCGAUGCGAUGCUUACCUGGGUGCUGUGGCGUUCCAAUGUCACAAAAGCAGUGCGAGCCAAAGGAAUGCGUGAAAGACCGUGGUAUAAUUUACAUCGUUCAACAACAAAACGGUUCGGUUCAAUGCCUUGGUUGGGGUUCUCAGAGCUGCCCUGAAAAACCUGAUGGCCUAGCUUACUGUUCAGACAAUACUUCAGACGCCGCUUUUUUCUUAAAGACAAUUGGCGCCACAUGUAUUGUAUAUGAUGUUACGCUUAAUAUUUACGUAUUUCGAAACAAAACAACGGGCGCAAGUAUAAGUAAAACACAAUACAUAAACCACCUGGAGCACGAUCAUUGGAUAUAUUACAAAUCUUCUUGCAUUGCUUAUUUAGACAAAGAAACACUCAUGAACCGAAACCCAACGAACUCCACUCUCGCCAAUUUGUUCAAGCGAAAAACAUAUGAAAUAUCGGCAGAUGUUAUAGACAAUUGUACAUUCCAUCAAUUCGAGAACGCCACUUCAUUUUUCACUAUGACGUCACAAAGGAGUGAAUAUAUUUGUGUACAGAGGUGGCGCAUGCAAGGAAAGGAGUCGGCACUCUGCUUCGAGUCGACAGCAGGCCCAACCAAACCCGAUGUAGAGACAGAGUUUGAAGAACCGAAGUUUCAACCCAUGGUCCUGGUCAUAUCGGCUGUGGUAGUAGGAACCAUCAUCGUUGCUUUCGUUCUUUACUUCAUAUUCCCUAAGUGCGCAUUGCAAGCUAAACUAUUCAAAGAAACGAAGAAAAUUGAUCCAAGAACUGAGGGCGCCUUUUCACGUGUCGACUUGAUAAAACAACUAAGCAGUGAAGUGGAAAAAGAGGUUUAUGAAAGUAAUUUAAAUGUUGCAAGUACACGUCCCGUCACAUCCGUUACCACCAACUGCAAUCCGGCAGCAGACAAUAGAGCACCUCUUCUACAAGCCCCUGCCAUAUACGGUGCACCUGCUGUUGAUGGGAGUAACGACUACUCGGUAACAGAAAACGGGUACAGCCAAAAGAAACAUUUUCUAACCUGGCACGAUGGUGGUUUCGUAGACGCACAAGACUCCAGUGACUCUGGAAUUACAAGCGCCCACAGCGCUGCUGCUUCUUCGCCCGAAGACGAGGCCUCGGACAAGUCUUAUGGGUCUCAACCUUUUACGCCAGAUAGCGGAGUCCCUUGUAUGAGACCUCAAUUCGAGUUUGACGUUUUGCCUCAGAAAUUUCAACCCACAGAGCCAUGCGGUGCUACUGUAGUUUAUACUAAAGUUGCAGAGGAUCAAAAUACUCCAUUGCUGGUGGAAGGUAACAAGUCACCUAUCAAUGUGGGGAGUACAGAAACUGCAUCAACUGCAAAAGCGUUCCCGGGCAAACUGAAAGAAAACGGAAGAAAAGAAGAGAAUGUAGUUUGCUCAAGCGUGCUUACUGGGGUGUACUGCUCAAAAUAGGAAGUCUCACAGACUAAUACAGUAAAGGGAUCAGUGGAUCACCUAAGGAGGUGCCAGUCUGUAACUAGUUAUUUGAUUGGAAUAUAGUGAAGAAAGGCGAGAUCCACUGGAGUCUUCUUCACUCAUCUUUUCAAUCAAGGACUAUUGUACACAAAUAGACUUAUCAGCCAAGUUACGGCCACUGACCAAUGUAUAUUGGUGUAUAACAACAUUUUGUUGGUACCAAUGCAAUGCUGGCUUGCUGCAAUAUUGGAAUUCACUGUGGCUGUGGGACAUUAGACUAUAGUAACUAGUCUAGUUAAUGAAAAGGAGAUCAAAACUAUGAACUCUGUAUUACAAGAUUUAUAUUAGAGUUAUAACAUAGGGACCUCACUGUUAACUACCAAUACCCUUUUUGCAUGGUAAAAAGUUAAUGCGAAUAACGAUCCGCAUUAACUGGUCAUAUGAUAACUCGCUUACCGCAUUGUUUUGCAUGGUCAUUGGUUUAUGCGCGUAUCAACAUUGAGUUAGCUUAUUUUAGCGCAAUAUUGUUAAAUCUAGUUUAUAAAAUAGGUUUUGAUGCUUUAUGUGGCUAUUACCAGCUAAAAACUGUAAAAAUAAUACCCGAAAAAGAUUAGGCUCUUAAAAGUGAAACUGUACUUCCACCAUACUUUUCUUUACUCGCAUAAUGCGAGUAACAACCAACCUCCUACAGCAGAUGACACGCUUAUGACGUUAUGCGUGUUAACAUUGUUUUUGCGAGUAAAUAUGCGAGUACUUACGCGCAUAAAAGUGACCAUGCAAAAAGGGUAAAAGUUGCAAUUUGACAUAAUAUGUGUGGAUAUUCGUCAUUUAUUUCAGAGGAAAAAGACAAUUAUUAAAACUGUUGGCAAAUGAUCAUGUUCCAUAAAUAA